AUGCUGGCCCUCCGUGACCAAGAGAACCUGGUGCACGCUCAUCAGACCGUUGCCGCGUCCAAACCUCUGAAUCAAGGUCUCAAACAACUACAGCUCAAAACCCCCGGGGCACGCGCACCGAAGACACCAUUCAAAGUCCCGUUGAACGAUGAAAAUGACCCGCUGGCAUUUGGAAAGAAAACUGUGAAGGGUGCUGGUAAACAGAAUGGAGCUGCGAAACCAUCUGUCAAGGAUGCUUUUGUUACUCCAAUGGCAGAGACUCGUCAACGCGCGCCGUUGGGCAUGAAAACAACCAAUGCGAAAGCUCGUGGUUUACAGACCCCUGCUCCUCCCGCUGGGACUGUGAAGCCGGAGAAGACAGGCAAAAGAGCCUCCACACAGAGAGUGAAAAAGUUUGCUCCGCUGGUAGAGCAAAGCCAGGCUGAGGUACAGGAUAAACCAGUUGAAGAAGAUGUUCCCGACAUUGAGUACAUGCCCCCGAAGCCGAAAGAGCUCCCGGAUAUUCCUGAUGAAAUUACAUACGAUACAACAUUCCCUCAGUUUCAACCGAAGAACUUGGCGUUGGGGUUGGAAACAGUGUAUGGACAUACCGAAAUCGGUCCCGAUGGUCUGACCAAGAGGGAGCGCAAGCUUCAGGAGGAUUCUAUUGCAUACGACAAAAUGAUGGAUGACAUGAUCUUGAAACAAGUCGAAAGUAUUGGUUUUGAAGAGCCCAGUGACAACGAGCAGAAUGAGCCUUGCGUGGAGGAAGCACCGCCGCGUCGCUAUGAAACGCGUCGUACCCGCGCCAUGAGCGCCCGGGAGAAGCAUACCAGCAACAUCCCAACGGUUCGCGCUCGUGAUGCAGCCUCGGCUCUUUCUGGUACCGAACGCACUCUCCGACCUAGGCCUGUUUCAAUCCCAAAGCCAAAGCCGAGAGUUGCGUCGUCCUUAUUCUCGUCGAGAAAGCCCAGGACGCCAACUAACCCAUCAUCCAUGCACCAUACCGCAGCCGUGGCAAACUCUAAAACAACAGUAGGCUACACCAAGGGCCGGGACGUGUCAUCUAAGCUACAUGGCAAAUCGCCCAGCACUACGAAAGGACAGACAAUUCCCCAGGGGAUUUUCUCCGCUGACACUUACGUGCGCCCGUCUGGGACCCCUCCUCUCGAAACCGAUAUGGUGCCUCUUGCACAUGAUGCGGGUCACCUGACAGCCAAUCUUGAGGAAGUGCUCCCGGUGUAUGAGGAAGACGAGGAGAGCUUGAAUUUCCAGCUGACGCUGUGA